UGAAGGAGGCCCUCAGACUGGCACCAUGACAGAGUGCUUUGACUGCGACAACUGCAAGGAGUCCUUGUAUGGGCGCAAGUACAUCCAGAUGGACAACGGCCCAUACUGCAUCCCCUGCUAUGACGCCCACUUUGCCAACACCUGUGAUGAGUGCAAAGAGCUGAUCGGCCACGACUGCAGAGAGCUGUACUACGAGGAUCGCCAUUACCAUGAGCACUGUUUUCGUUGCUUCCGCUGUGACCGUUCUCUGGCUGACGAGCCGUUCACCUGCCAAGGCGAGGAGCUGCUGUGCAAUGACUGCUACUGCAGCGAGUUCUCCUCCAAAUGCAUUGCCUGCGAGAAGACAGUCAUGCCAGGAUCCCGUAAGCUGGAGUACAACGGACAAACCUGGCAUGAGCAUUGCUUCAUAUGCAGCAGCUGCCAGCAGCCCAUCGGGUCACGAUCCUUCAUCCCAGACAAGAAGGAUUAUUACUGUGUCCCCUGUUAUGAGAGCAAGUUUGCUCCUCGCUGCACUCGUUGUAAAAAGACCCUGACCAAGGGAGGAGUGACUUACCGGGAUGAGCCAUGGCACAAGGAGUGUUUCGUCUGCACGGGCUGCAAGACCCCCCUGGCUGGCCAGCAGUUUACCUCCCAGGAUGACAACCCAUACUGCAUCAAGUGCUUUGGGAACCUCUAUGCCAAGAAGUGCAGCGCCUGCACAAAGCCCAUCACAGGCUUUGGCGGUGGUAAAUAUGUCUCCUUUGAGGACCGUCACUGGCACCAUAAUUGCUUUAACUGCGCCCGCUGCAACACCUCGCUGGUCGGGAAAGGCUUCAUCCCUGACAACGAUGAGAUCCUGUGCCGCGACUGCAGCAGCGACCUAUGAGCCUCCAAGGACACCGUGGGGCAGGGGCUUUCUCUAUUCUUCAGGGUCUUUGUGCCAGAUACUCCAACAACAUUUCAGGGGCAGGGCACAAGGCACAAGAGAUGGGGGCUGACCCCGAACCGCGGUGUGUUCCAGGGGCUCCUGUGCCCCUCCCUGAAGGCUAGAGUACGCUAUGCUAUGGCUCUGUGCAGAGUCAAAGCUUAAUAAAGUUGAAAAAGGAGCUUCCAGA